AUGGCCAAUCCUAGUCCGCACCAAGUGUAUAAUGUAACUUGGACAAUAACCAACCUUGUAACUGGAACAAAGGCUAAUGCCACCUCCAUGUUGGGAACCCUGACAGACGCCUUCCCUACCAUGUAUUUUGACUUAUGUGAUAUAAUAGGAAAUACAUGGAACCCUUCAGAUCAGGAACCAUUCCCAGGGUAUGGAUGUGAUCAGCCUAUGAGGAGGUGGCAACAGAGAAACACACCCUUUUAUGUCUGUCCAGGACAUGCCAACCGGAAGCAAUGUGGGGGGCCACAGGAUGGGUUCUGCGCUGUAUGGGGUUGCGAGACCACCGGGGAAACCUAUUGGAGACCCACCUCCUCAUGGGACUACAUCACAGUAAAAAAAGGGGUUACUCAGGGAAUAUAUCAAUGUAGUGGAGGUGGUUGGUGUGGGCCCUGUUACGAUAAAGCUGUUCACUCCUCGAUAACGGGAGCUAGUGAAGGGGGCCGGUGCAACCCCUUGAUCUUGCAAUUUACCCAAAAGGGAAGACAAACAUCUUGGGAUGGACCUAAGUCAUGGGGGCUACGACUAUACCGUUCAGGAUAUGACCCUAUAGCCCUGUUCUCGGUAUCCCGGCAAGUAAUGACCAUUACGCCGCCUCAGGCCAUGGGACCAAAUCUAGUCCUGCCUGAUCAAAAACCCCCAUCCAGGCAAUCUCAAAUAGAGUCCCGAGUAACACCUCACCAUUCCCAAGGCAACGGAGGCACCCCAGGUAUAACUCUUGUUAAUGCCUCCAUUGCCCCUCUAAGUACCCCUGUCACCCCCGCAAGUCCCAAACGUAUAGGGACAGGAAAUAGGUUAAUAAAUUUAGUGCAGGGGACAUAUCUAGCUUUAAAUGUCACUAACCCCAACAAAACUAAAGACUGUUGGCUCUGUCUAGUCUCCCGACCGCCCUAUUAUGAAGAAAUUGCGGUAUUGGGCAAUUACAGCAACCAAACCAACCCCCCCCCAUCCUGCCUAUCCGACCCACAACAUAAACUGACUAUAUCAGAAGUGUCCGGGCAAGGUUUGUGCAUAGGGACUGUUCCUAAGACCCACCAAGCUUUGUGCAACAAGACACAAAAAGGACAUAAAGGGACUCACUAUCUAGCAGCCCCUAGCGGUACCUACUGGGCAUGCAACACCGGGCUAACCCCAUGCAUCUCCAUGGCAGUGCUCAACUGGACCUCUGAUUUUUGUGUCCUGAUCGAGUUAUGGCCCAGAGUAACUUACCAUGAGCCUGAGUAUAUCUAUUCCCACUUCGAAAAUAAGCCCCGGUUCAAGAGAGAUCCAAUCUCCUUGACAGUUGCCCUCAUGCUGGGAGGAAUCACUGUAGGGGGCAUGGCCGCCGGAAUAGGAACAGGGACUGCGGCCCUUCUCGAGACAGCCCAAUUUAGACAACUGCAAAUGGCCAUGCACACGGACAUUCAGGCCUUAGAGGAGUCAAUUAGUGCCUUAGAAAAAUCCUUGACUUCCCUUUCUGAAGUAGUCUUACAAAACAGGCGAGGCCUAGAUAUUCUGUUCCUACAGGAGGGAGGGCUAUGUGCAGCGUUAAAAGAAGAAUGUUGUUUUUAUGCAGAUCACACCGGAUUAGUCCGAGAUAAUAUGGCUAAAUUAAGAGAAAGACUAAAACAGCGACAACAACUAUUUGACUCCCAGCAGGGAUGGUUUGAAGGGUGGUUCAACAAGUCCCCCUGGUUCACUACCUUAAUAUCCUCCAUCAUGGGCCCCUUAAUGAUCCUCCUCCUAAUUUUAUUCUUCGGACCUUGCAUCCUUAACCGGUUGGUGCAGUUUGUCAAAGAUAGAAUAUCCGUCGUGCAGACUUUAGUGCUAACCCAGCAACACCAACGCCUGGGGCAAUGCGACUCAGACCAACCGUAUCACCCCAGCUAA